AUGGACCAUCGGGUGGAGCAUGGAAGCCACCCCUGGGAGGAUGGGUUGAAGGUGUCUCUCUUCUCUUGGGCUUCUCUCGUUCCUCUCACCAACUUUGUGGUUCUUUCCUUGAUUAUUCCAAUUUCUCUCCGGAUCGUCCCCUGUGAAUCCACUGCUCAAGAUUUUCAAAGCUCUACUUGGAAUUAUCGCCCAGCAGCUCCCACCCUGUCCUGGUCACCUUCUCACCAAAUUCUCGUAAAAGGAGAACAGGUCGAAUUAAAAUGUUCCCCACCAAAAGGACAGAAGGGAGAGAAUUACGUCUUCGAACACGUGAAUGAAAAGAAUGAAAGGAAGAAAUAUCCAGAACAGAUCGGAAAUACUCUGCUGAUUUCUGCAUUGCGAAUGGCUCCCAAAGCAUAUUUUUCUUGUUCUUACAUGGGGAAAAACAGGGAAGGCAGAAGAACUCUGUCUCAAAGUAGUAAAUGGGGUGAAUUCACUGUCAUUGAACCCCCACCAGCUCCCAGCCUUUCUCCAGAUCCUCCAGGAUCCCUGUAUCUGGUUGGGGAGAGCGUUGUCCUCUGGUGCUCACUUCCCAACACCACCCUUCGAGGCCGGAGACGCUACCAGUUUUUCCACCUAAGGGAAAACAAGGAGGAGCCCUCUAAAAAGGAUUUGGGUUGGCAUGAAGGUAACAGCUCCAUGGUCCUCACAGCCACGAGGGAGGAUUCUGGAUCAUAUAAAUGCCGGUACCUAGAACAGAAAUCUGAGAGAAACAUCUUUUCCGAGUGGAGUCGUCUGGUCCCAAUUGUGGUGAGAGAUCCUCUGCCUCCCCCAGUGCUGAAGCUGCACCCUUCUUCGGGAUCCCUGGGGAUCCUGUCCAUCCUGUGUUUGUCCAGAGAGGGCAAUAAUAAUCCCAAAAGGUUCCAUUUCUCCCUGGAUGGUGUGGAGAUGACCUCCAGCGAUGAAGAGCCUCCGAGGAGCAGCCGAGAUUCUGGGGUUCUCACUCUAAAUACGUCAGUAGCUUUCCUGUACGCCAAAGACAACAAAAGCCGGCGAUUUGCUUGCAGAUAUGAGGAAAACAUGACGGGGCACUGGAUCAUGUCUCCCUGGAGCCAGACAGUGGAUAUCACAGGUGUACCAGCCUCAUUUGCCCUACCAGUGGGCUAUGCACCGCUGGUUCUCCUCGUUCCCUUCCUGGCAGCCCCCCUGGUCUUCUGCUGGAGCAGGAAAAGGAAUGCACCAGGAUGCCAGCGAAGAUCUGAUCCUAAAGAAGGGAAGGAGGAAGCUCGAUCGAAUGAUCUCGGAUCUGAGGAUCUGGAGAGGGAGGAUUUACAGGAUUCAAAGCUCACCUAUGCCUUGGUCAGGAAGUCAUCCGUACUGAUCCCUUUGGAACCCAGGGCCGAGAAUCAUCUGAAGACAAAGGGAGAGUACGAAGUCAUGUACAGUGAGGUCCAGCUUCACGCAACCAGCAGAACAGCCCCAUGAGUACCUCUCUCUAAAGGCCACAUUCAGAAGACCAGCCUUUCAAUCACCUGGAAUGGAGGGCUUGCUCUGGUUCUGUUGGGGGUAUUUGGGAAUAGACAUGGUUGAAACCCUUGGAACGUGGAUGGACUUCGACUCCC